UCCAGGUUUUAGUUCCUCUUUCCGGUUACAGUGGAGUCUGAUGGAGUUGGAGUUUAAUUAAAUGUUGGCGGAUUAUAAAGAAAGCUAAUGGAGCUCGUAGGUUCUAAAGUAGAUGGUAUAGUGUUACGAAGGAGAAGCGUGAGGCAAGCGCAGAAGAACGAUUUUGUUAAGAAGAAAUCCACAAGCUCCCUGAAACGGAGACGGGAGGUCAGAAAGGAUGCUGAGCCUGCGACGGUUAACGGCUCUGAAGAAAACGAUGAGGAGUCACCUGGUAAGAAAGUACGGCUACAGGAGGCAGAAGAUGCUGAAAAUGGGCAUGAAAAUGGGGAGAAAGAUGCCAUGGUGGAAGCGGACAUGGCUGAUCACUCUGACCAGGACCAAGACAUGAAUUCGGAGGAUGAGAGUGAGGGAAUCGGGGACAUCGUCGUAAAGAAAAAACCUCUUUUUGUGGAGAAAAGUGUCAUCAGAACCAUACGUGUUGGAAAUCUGGAAACAGAAGAGAUCAAGACGUUCUUGAUGAACCAAAGAAUCCAAGAGCGCUCAAAGACACCCGGAGUGAGCGGUGGUCCGGACACAGCCGUCACGAAAAGAGAACCUCCAAGAGCAAGCUCUGCCUCGGCCCAUCCCAGACCGCUGGAGAAGAGGCCGGAGGUUUUGACUGUGAGGAGCAGCAUAAAACAGUACCGGGACAAAAUGGAGGAGAAAGCCAGAGAUGUCUGUGGUACUGGUCUUCAGAGCUGGAACAGGCAUCCACCCACAGAAGCUCCCAGCACACACAUUCCCAAGAUCAACACAAUUCCUGCAAAGAAAUCUCCUCUGCAGCACAGAAACGCAGAAAUAAAGAAGCCGGUCACCACAAAAACAUCUUCGAGCAGCUAUUCAAAUGGGUAUGCAUGGUACUUCUGCAGAUUUCUUGGGUGGGCUCUUUUCCUGCUGACCUCACUUGCUUUAGGCCUGGUGGGUUAUCAGCACCUUCCUGUCUCAUACUUUCCCACACAAAGCACACAUCACCAAGACAGGUUGGUAUCCAGUGCAAAUUUUCAAGCACAGUUAGCUGCACUGAAGCCUUUAUUCCCAAGCCAGCGCUCAGAGCUGUGGAAGAGGACUGAGAUCCAUCUUAAGCGGCACCUCAAUAUUACUGACCCGACUGAGCCUGUGAGUAUGAUCCUGACUUCGGGUCUGGGGGCGGAGAAGACGCUGGGCUGCUUGGCUCAAAAACUAGCCACAGCCUAUUCUACUGCACUGAACUCCUCUGUUGUGGUUAUCGAUGGGCUCAGCAAAACGGCUCAAGAUAGCGACCAGGUGAAACUGGACAUAGACAGAGCGCUGAGGGAGGCCUUUGGUGGUGGUAAGCAGGCUGCUGUUGUCCACCGCUUUGAGGAGCUUCCCCCUGGCUCCACACUGAUCUUCUACCGCUACUGUGACCACGAGAACGCCGCCUAUAAAAAUGUCUUCUUGGCGUUCACUGUGCUGCUGCAGGUGCCUGAACUGGACUCUAGUCUGAGUCUGAGUGCUGUGGAGGAGCAGGUACAGGAGUAUGUGAAGGAUAGGCUUAUAUCUUCUGACAGGACUGCCCAGUUUAAUCAGAUGGAUGUAGAUAAGCUGAGUGGGCUUUGGAGCAGGAUCUCCCACCUCAUCCUGCCAGUGGCUGCAGAGGAGACCAUUGAACAGCAUGGCUGUGGAGAUUGAUGGACUGAUCUUCACUGAUUUCAUCUUCAUGAGGUGUUUUCUUCAUCAGCAGACAUUUUCUGUACUGUGCUCCUGGAAUUGUAGUAAUAGGUCACUGAAGUUCUGCAUCAAUCUGUAGUCCUCGGUAUGACCAUAUAUGUGCCACUCUAGGUUAUUUUAAAUGGCAAAAAUGAUUAGGAUUUUCAAAUGUCACAUACUGAGGUGUUUAGAAACCAAUGGUAGCCUAGUACUACAACUGUAUUUUACAUUUGUCAAUGUAACAUCUCUAUUUAAAAUGUUGUGUAGACCAAGAUUAGGCUUAAUCCCUGCCUGGGAAACUGCUCAUGUUUUUUUGUAUGUGCAGUCUUCUCUUAAACAUGACUGGAUUCUGUAAAUUACAAGGUUCUUUAAGAGUAAUACUAAUAUUGCUACCUGUCACUGGUCUGCAGCACAUUUUGCCAGUGUAGUCGAGUGGAAUUAGCACAUUUAAUUUGAGAAGCAGAUGUUUGUUCGCUGCAUUACUCUAUCAGUCUAAUCAUGGUCCUACGAAUAGACCAGAUAAACCAUAAAAGUAGAGGUGGCAAUAUUUUAUUGUAUCAACAAAACACUUAAAGCAUAUUAAAGAUAUCAUCAGUGUUUAAAGAUCACUGACUCAUCUGCACAUUUAAUUACAGAGAUCACAAUUAGUCUAGUCUAGUUUAAUUGCACUGCAUUUUGAAUACAACUUACUUACUAUACCUAAUAAGCUGGCUGAUAUAGCAAGCUACUUAUCAAGUUGUUCAAUAUUUUCUUCUUAAUAUGAGUCAUAAUGUUAAUGAUUUGAUUAUCUGUUACUACGAACAAAAUGUGGUGAAAACUCGAUCAGAGAACGAAUCUGUGGACUUCAGACUGGUGUGUUUGAAGAAUUUGUUUGACAAUUCGGUUUAGAAUGUCUCUUUACUGAAAAGUGACUUCUUUGUGUGAAGUGGAGACAAUCUCAACUUAACUGCAGCUACAAAUCAUGACCUCUCAUAGAAAAUCACUUAUUUUUGCUCUGUCAGCUGCCAGUGUGAACUCACGGUCAAAGAUUAUCAUAACUCCGGGAUUCAGUCAUGUUCAGGAGAAAAAUGUACACAGAACCAAACAUAUUCAUUCCUGCUAUUAAAAAUUGGGCGUAGACCUAGACUUCCAAAUAUGGGCACGAACAACAUAGCGGCAACUACAGAAUGACAACAUGACUUUAGUGGCUUAUAUAUAUGUGCAGCUAAAUGACAGUUGAUAUGUUCACUUGGCAAGAGCAUACCUGACUGAUUUUUCUAUUGUUUUCUAUUAUUUUUUUGAUUAUAUCUGAUCUGUGAGAGUGAUUUAAAAAGAGAGACAUUUGGAAGUCAAUUGUGAAAUAUCUUUACAUUUAUUUUGGAUUUGCUUUAUACAAACAUGUUGGGUCCUGUGUUAAGUAAAGGGAUCUUCAGUUUUUCUGAAAGUCUGUUGCAGUUAUUUCUUGGAAGCUAAAAUGUCGUGACUGAAGAAGACACAGAACAAGAAGAAGAAUGUGAAAAAGAAGUGGAAGAAGAAAAGGUCUUUGUAACAUGCAGUGAAUAUGUGCACAUCUUCUGUUCUGCAUUCCUGCAAAGGGGAAACCUAGUUGUGAUGGGCAGGAUGGCUUAUCUGUCUCUGAACACACCUGCUCCAAACAUACAGUAUAACCCCAUUUAAACCUGGUCACUUCAUGUGUGUUUAUCAUUAUAUCUGUAUGAAGCCUAAUCACAGAAAAAUGCAGUAGUGUAACAAAUAUAAAAGCGUGGAUUGCUGUGGUUUUAAAGUUGGCGUCAGUAACUCUUUUUGAAUCCCCCACAUUUAAUGAGAACUUUGUUUGUCAUGUAGCAAGGCUAUAUUUAGACUGCCAUCCGAAAUAUUGAUUAUUGAUAGUCUGGAAAGCCAGAAACCACAUAAAAUUGUCAAUCGGACUGGGCCAUACUGGACGCUCGAACAAUGACCUCAUCAGAUCAAGACCUCGAUACCACAACAGACAGUCAUCAUCUCAAAAGAUCUAAUUUAAGAAUCAAAUCUGAUUUUCCAGUAGUUUCACAGAGCCUAAGAGAUGCAAAAUAUACAGUGGAAUCUGAUUUGAUAACACAGAGCAUCCAGACUGUGAACUGUCUGUAAAAUCUAAAUGUAAUUGUAUUUCAAACCACCUCCACAUAUGGUUUCCGUGUGUUUUCUGGCUGUCCAGACUAUUAAAAAUCAAUCUGGAUACAGUCUAGAUAUAUAAAAAUAUAUAGAAAAAUCAGAUUCCAGCUGCCUGUGUUAACAUAGUGCCUAGUACUCAUUCAACAACCAAAAAUUCUCUCCAUGUGUUACGUCACUGGGUGUGUGUAAGUGAUUCCAUGUAAGUGAUUCAUAUAAUAUAAUCAACAAGGGCGAUGGCAUAAAAAUUUCCAGAUCGCAAAUUCCAGAUCACUACCAUUUUUAGCACAGCACAGUAAGGGGCUGAACAGAUAAAUGACUGGUUGAGUUAUGAUUAAAGUGAGAAAACUGGAGACACAUUUGACUAUAAAGUAUAGAUAGGGUCAUGUGGGUAAAGCGGAUACAGAUACUGUUCACAUGAAAUGUAAUUUUAGUCUGCUUUCUAGGGAAUCAAAUAGCUGUGUUAAAUAAGGGUUGAAAUGCAACUCAGCAGGUAAAGCAAAACUAAAAAAAAAACAAUUCUUAGAAUCUAGUUCAGCAUGCCAUUUUUUUAUAAUUGUUUAUAAGAGUGUUUUUUCUUUGUGCUAUUUUUUGAGUCAUUGUGUUGCUGUUGAUCGACUUUAUAAUAAAUAUUAUGUAUUUUU